AUGGCGGCGCUGAGCGGCGGCGGCGGCGGCGGCGGAGGCGGCGAGCAGGGCCCGGCGCUCUUCAACGGGGACAUGGAGCUCGACGCCGGCGCCGGCGCCGCGGCCGCCGCGGCCCCCGACCCCGCCGUGCCCGAGGAGGUGUGGAAUAUCAAACAAAUGAUCAAGUUGACACAGGAACAUAUAGAAGCCCUCUUGGACAAAUUUGGUGGGGAGCAUAAUCCACCAUCGAUUUACCUGGAGGCCUAUGAAGAAUACACCAGCAAGCUAGAUGCCCUCCAACAAAGAGAACAACAGUUAUUGGAAUCCCUGGGGAAUGGAACUGAUUUUUCUGUUUCUAGUUCAGCAUCAAUGGACACCGUUACAUCUUCUUCCUCCUCUAGCCUUUCAGUGCUACCUUCAUCUCUAUCAGUUUUUCAAAAUCCCACAGACAUGUCACGGAGCAAUCCCAAGUCACCACAAAAACCUAUUGUUAGAGUCUUCCUGCCCAACAAACAGAGGACAGUGGUACCUGCAAGGUGUGGAGUUACAGUCCGGGACAGUCUAAAGAAAGCACUAAUGAUGAGAGGUCUAAUUCCAGAGUGCUGUGCUGUUUACAGAAUUCAGGAUGGAGAGAAGAAGCCCAUUGGCUGGGACACAGAUAUUUCCUGGCUUACUGGAGAGGAAUUACAUGUAGAAGUAUUAGAAAAUGUUCCACUUACAACACACAACUUUGUACGGAAAACUUUUUUCACCUUAGCGUUUUGUGACUUUUGUCGAAAGCUGCUUUUUCAAGGUUUCCGCUGUCAAACAUGUGGUUAUAAAUUUCACCAGCGUUGUAGUACAGAGGUUCCACUGAUGUGUGUUAAUUAUGACCAACUUGAUUUGCUGUUUGUCUCCAAGUUCUUUGAACACCACCCAAUACCACAGGAGGAGGCCUCCUUAGCAGAGACCACCCUUACGUCGGGAUCUUCCCCGUCCGCACCCUCCUCCGAUACUCUUGGGUCCCAAAUUCUCACCAGUCCGUCUCCUUCAAAAUCCAUUCCAAUUCCACAGCCUUUUCGACCAGCAGAUGAAGAUCAUCGAAAUCAGUUUGGACAGCGAGACCGGUCAUCAUCAGCCCCAAAUGUGCAUAUCAACACAAUAGAACCUGUCAAUAUUGAUGACUUGAUUAGAGACCAAGGGUUUCGUAGUGAUGGAGCCCCUUUGAACCAGCUGAUGCGCUGUCUUCGGAAAUGCCAAUCCCGGACUCCCAGUCCCCUCCUCCAUUCUGUCCCCAGUGAAAUAGUGUUUGAUUUUGAGCCUGGCCCAGUGUUCAGAGGAUCAACAACGGGAUUGUCAGCCACCCCCCCUGCCUCGUUACCUGGCUCACUCACUAAUGUGAAAGCUUUACAGAAAUCUCCAGGACCUCAACGAGAAAGGAAAUCAUCUUCAUCGUCAGAAGAUAGGAAUCGAAUGAAAACACUUGGUAGAAGGGACUCAAGUGAUGACUGGGAAAUUCCUGAUGGUCAGAUCACUGUGGGACAGAGAAUCGGAUCUGGAUCAUUUGGGACCGUGUACAAAGGAAAGUGGCAUGGUGACGUGGCAGUGAAGAUGUUAAAUGUGACAGCACCCACGCCUCAGCAGUUACAGGCCUUUAAGAAUGAAGUUGGAGUACUCAGGAAAACGCGACAUGUGAAUAUCCUUCUCUUCAUGGGUUACUCAACCAAGCCACAGCUGGCUAUUGUUACCCAGUGGUGUGAGGGGUCCAGUUUGUAUCACCAUCUCCACAUUAUUGAGACCAAAUUUGAGAUGAUCAAACUUAUAGAUAUCGCCAGGCAAACAGCACAAGGCAUGGAUUAUUUACACGCCAAGUCGAUCAUCCACAGAGAUCUCAAGAGUAAUAAUAUUUUUCUCCAUGAAGACCUCACAGUUAAAAUAGGUGAUUUUGGUCUUGCCACAGUGAAGUCUCGGUGGAGUGGCUCCCAUCAGUUUGAACAGUUGUCUGGAUCUAUCUUGUGGAUGGCACCAGAAGUAAUCAGAAUGCAAGAUAAAAAUCCAUAUAGUUUUCAGUCAGAUGUAUAUGCUUUUGGGAUUGUUCUGUAUGAACUGAUGACUGGACAGUUACCUUACUCAAACAUCAACAACAGGGACCAGAUAAUUUUUAUGGUGGGUCGAGGCUAUCUAUCGCCAGAUCUCAGUAAGGUACGAAGUAACUGUCCAAAAGCCAUGAAGAGAUUGAUGGCAGAGUGCCUGAAAAAGAAGAGAGAGGAGAGACCCCUCUUCCCCCAAAUUCUCGCCUCUAUUGAGCUGCUGGCCCGCUCAUUGCCAAAAAUUCACCGCAGUGCAUCAGAACCCUCUCUGAACCGGGCUGGCUUCCAGACGGAGGAUUUCAGUCUAUAUGCUUGUGCUUCUCCAAAAACACCCAUUCAGGCAGGGGGAUAUGGAGAAUUCGCAGCCUUCAAGUAGCCACACCAUCCUGGCAGCAUCUCCUCUUAUUUCUUAAGUCUUGUUGUGUUCGUACAGUUUGUUAACAUCAAACACAGUUCUCUUCCUCCAGUCUUUUUUUAAAGAUAAAGAAUUUUCCAUGAAUAAGCUGGUAUGGAACAGAGUGGAACUCUCCACCCAGCAAAAGGGGCCGAAUGUCUUAGGACCAGAAUCCUCUGCUGCCAGUGUUUCUUCUGCAACACAAACACCACAGGCGCCCACGGGCCCUUCGGCUCCCUGAAGAAAGAGGAGAGGCCCGGGCUCCAGCCUUUUGAUGCUCAGGCGUGAUGGAAAGAAAGUGCUGCUACCGCUUGGGAAGUGGGCUCUGGGAAGCCGCCCAGCCCCUAGCCCUCUCUCCCCACAGACCCAAGCUGCUCAGCUGGUGGGGCCCUCCCCAAGCACCGUUUUCUUUCCUCUCCUGGGCUUUCAUUGUGGAGCUCGCUCGCUCUCUCUCCCCUUGCUGCCACCACCACCGUUCGUUUCUGAGGGAAGGAACAAAAAAUGCAGCAUGCCCUAACGGGGCGGGCGGGUGGGCUGGGCCUGGUCCAGUGGUACCAAAACCAAACAAAACCAGAACUGAGCACUUGGUUUGCACAUGGGUCCGAAGGGUGAGGAGCAAAAGGGAGGCAAAGGGAAUGCUGCAUCUUUUUUCCGGACCUCCUGGGUUUCUGGCCUUUGGUUUCCUGGCUCUCAGAGGGUGUCUGCCUGCCCAGGAGAAUGGGCUGUGCUGGACAUGGGCCCUCCAUUCUCAUUGGGCCCUGCAGUGGAGACAGUCGCUGGAGCCUCUCCUCCACCAGGUAGCAAGUUCUCAGGAAACAGUGGAUACCUUCCUCUUAAGCUCUUCCAGUUUCCAAGUACCUUUGUGGCUACUUUGCCCAGGGCCCCACAAUUCCUGGGUUCCGUAUCUAAUCAAAAAGCCAACAAAACUGCUCGAGAACAGUUUUGAAUGUGAGACAUUUGUUUAACUUAAAUGUAAGGUACAUGUUUUAAUUUUCAAGUUUCUUCUAUUUUUAUUAUAAAUAACUUUCAGAUCGAAUUGAAUUGGAAUAAAAGAAUACUUCCCACCAGAUUCUAUAUCCUGGAAAAUUGUAUUUUUGUUAUACAAACAACUUUUGAAGAAAGACGAUCCUUUCUUUAUAAAAAUGUGGGGAAUCGUAGCAUAAUGACAAAUCUUUCUCAUUUUUAAAUCAAUGGUACUGGCUGGAUCUACAGCUAACAUCUUUGCUAAUAUCUCAUUGUUUCUUCCAACUCAACUCCCAACUCUGCAUUCCACAUCCUCUUUCUAGUCUCCUAGAAUAUGCAAAAUCUAAAAUAAAAAUGGUGGUGUCUCCA